AUGGCGAAGCUUGAGAUGUACGGCAGGGGGCUAAGCCUGCGGAUGGCUAUUCUGUCUACCUGCUUCAUAUCAUUCGUUCUGUUUGGUUACAACCAAGGGGCUCCCGCAGGCAUCAUUGGGAAUGAGAACUUUCUCAGUGUCGUGGAUCAUCCUGGGUCUGCAGUCCUGGGGUUUAUAAUCGGCAUAUACAACAUCGGUUGCUUGGUGGGCACAGCUGUGGCCUUCUUGACAAGUGACCGUCUUGGAUUUCGCAAGUCCAUGUGGAUUUCAAUGGGAAUCCUAACAGUUGGGGCUUUCCCCCAAGCAUUCGCAUAUUCCAGGGCCCAAGUGCUCGCGUUUCGAUUCGUCAGCGGAAUUGGGACUGGAAUCAUGUCUUCGAUAGUACCCGUUUACCAGUCCGAGCUUUGUGAGGCGCGGAAUCGAGGAAUGUACGUGUGCAGCCAACCUCUUGCCGUUGGUGUUGGCAUCUCGGCUGCCUACUGGUUCGAUUAUGGAAUGAGCUUUGCCCCUGGAUCAAUUAGUUGGAGGCUUCCGAUGGCUUUCCAGGUGCUCUUUACGAUCAUUGUGACGAUUCUUCUUGUGGGACUACCAGAAAGUCCCCGAUGGUUGUGCAGGAGAGGCCUGAAUGACGAGGCCGUGCGUGUCCUGUGUGACUUCUAUGAUAGGCCAAAAAAUGAUCCCAAAGUCGUCAAUGAUGCGGAGGGGAUCUUUAGAGCCAUUGAACUUGACAGUCUCCGGGGCGAAUACAAGUGGUCCCAACUACUGAAAAAGGACGAAAUACAAACUGGCCGCCGAGUCCUACUGGCCUAUGGGCUACAGUUCAUUAAUCAGAUGGGAGGUGUCAACAUGAUUGUUUCCUAUGUCACACAAGUGUUGGAAGUUAAUGUGGGUUUGGAUCCAAAAACGAGCCUACUUCUAGGGGGGGUUAUCCAGAUCAUGUUUGUCGUUGGCUCUUUCUAUCCAACUUUCUACUCAGACCGGCUCGGCCGGAAGAAGCCAAUGAUGUGGGGAUCUUUCGGACUAUUCAUCUGCAUGAUGAUGAUCUCCAUUCUUCUCUCCUUCAGAGGAACUGCUGAGGAAAAAGAAGCCGGCAGCGCCUCAGUGGCAUUCUUUUUCCUAUUCAUGCUCAUCUUCGGAGCAUCCACAAACUGCGUACCAUGGGUAUACGGCCCAGAGCUCUUACCCAUGCAUGUCCGGACGAAAGGAAAUGCCAUCGGAAUCUCGGCAAACUGGUUGUGGAAUUUCUUCGUCGCCAUGAUCGGUCCCACCCUGAUCACCGAUCUCCAGUGGAAGGGAUAUCUAAUUUUCAUGUUUAUGAAUUUGACUUUUCUCCCGAUCCUCUACUUCUACUACCCGGAAACCGCAAAUCUGAGCCUCGAGGAAAUCGACUCGCUCUUCAUGGUCAAGGGUAAGACUGCACAUGACCAUAGCCAUGGCUCUAGUAGCGGCUCGCCUUCGGAAAAAAUAAUCACUACUUCCUCGACACAGGCUUGGGAGAGGGAGAGGAGCGGUAUUCCGCUGUCUCCUCUAUAA